UAUAUUAACUAUAUACUAGUAGGCCUUAUAAAUAUUAUUUAUAUAGUCUAUCUAGAUAAUAUUUUAAUUUAUUUUGAGAAUCUAGAAUAUCUAAUAUAUAUUCAACUUUUUAUAAACUUAGUAAAAUACGAGUUUAAUAUAAAGAAAAUAAAGUUCCUGGAAUUUAUAAUUAGCCUAGAUAAUAUAGAAAUAAAAGCUAGCCGGGUUAUAAUUAUUAGGAAAUAG